GAGAGUACUUUCCGGUGGCUCUCCGACUCGUUUUCAGAGAAAUUAAUAUCACCCAAGUGGCCGGCCGGGGGGUUCUGGUUCGUAUACAAUGGAUAUGGAGAAUAAUGGCGACUCUAAAGGGUUGAUCAUGGAGAAGGAGCUCUCCAACGGGCGGACGCCACAAAACGUGUCGUCGUCGAUUCUACGAAAGAAGUCGGAUCCGAUUCUUGUGUCAAAAAUUAGGUUCAAAAUGGUAAGACAAUUGUUGGCCAAUCUGCAGGAGGUCCUCCUCGGCACCAAGCUUGCCGUUCUCUUCCCUGCCGUUCCCUUGGCAAUCGUCGCCGACUUCUAUAACUUUGGAAGACCUUGGAUUUUUGCUUUGAGCUUACUUGGACUCGCCCCGCUUGCUGAACGUGUCAGCUUCCUUACUGAGCAAAUUGCAUACUACACUGGUGCAACAGUUGGAGGGCUCCUGAAUGCGACGUGUGGCAAUGCAACAGAGCUGAUAAUUGCAUUAUUUGCUCUUCGCCAAAACAAAAUACAUGUUGUGAAGUACUCCCUUUUGGGUUCCAUCCUUUCAAACCUUCUUCUUGUUCUUGGCACCUCUCUUCUCUGUGGAGGCUUGGCCAACCUUAAAAAAGAACAACGCUACGACAGAAAACAGGCUGAUGUGAACUCGCUCCUUCUGCUGCUUGGAUUGCUAUGCCAUCUGCUGCCGUUGAUGUUCAGAUAUGCGUCGUCAGGGAUAGGGAAUUCCACGGCGGCUCUGUGUACCCUUCAGUUGUCAAGAGCAAGCAGCAUUGUCAUGCUUGUAGCAUAUGUUGCAUACAUCAUUUUCCAGUUAAAAACCCACCGGCAAUUGUUUGAUGCCGCACAAGAGGAUGAUGAUGAGGAGGAGGACGAAGAAAAGGCCGUGCUAGGAUUUGGGAGUGCCUUUACUUGGCUGGUUGGCAUGACAAUUAUCAUAUCUGUGCUAUCCGAGUAUGUCGUUGGAACAAUCGAGGCUGCAUCAGAAUCUUGGGGAAUUUCUGUUAGCUUCAUCAGCAUUAUCUUGCUACCAAUCGUUGGAAAUGCGGCAGAACAUGCUGGAUCAAUCAUAUUUGCGUUCAAGAACAAAUUGGAUAUAUCCCUGGGUGUGGCUCUAGGUUCUGCAAGUCAAAUCUCCAUGUUUGUGGUUCCUUUAAGCGUAAUUGUUGCUUGGAUAAUGGGUAUCCAAAUGGAUCUUGAUUUCAGUCUCCUCGAAACUGGUUCUCUUGCUUUCUCGAUAAUUGUCACAGCCUUCGCUUUACAGGAUGGAACUUCACAUUACAUGAAAGGGGUCGUUCUUUUCCUAUGCUACAUUGUUAUUAGUGCUUGCUUUUUUGUUCAUAAAAUCCCACCGCCAAAUCAAACAGCCGUCAACUUAGGAGUUGAACUGUCCUCUGGAGGCUUAACCGCUUGAGCUGGCUACGUUGUUUGGGAUAUAUAUAUAUAUAUAUAUCCCAAACGACAUGCAGGAUGGUGCAUCCGUAAAUCUAUUUCGUGAAGCACUGGAAAACUUUCAUAAAUUUCCUUCCCAUUUCAAUUACAGAGAGUUUUGGGCUAAUUGAGAGAGAGGCUCAAAGCUACGGAGGGGGGGCUUCUUAAACUUGGAGAUCGAAGACUACCGGAAAUUGCUGUUGAAGAUGUUUGUAUAUAUAGUUCUAGCUAUCUAUAAUAUAUCUGUGUCUGCAAUAAGGUUUUAGUUUCAAAAUUUAGGUCAUAAGUGGUGGCAUAUGGCAAGUGCUUUUGUGUUUUUGUUUUUGUUUUUUUUUUUUGUUUUAACCUUCUUUUUGGUGACUGAAUUUGCAUGUGUUUAGUUUAAUUAAGCUGAUAUGCUGCUGAAGCAAUGGAAAUUGCAUUACAUCUUGUGUCUUUGAUGUACAAUAAAAAAAAUUUGGUGAGUGUAAGAUUCCAAUUUACAUUUAAAUAAAAUUUC